AUUUAUUUAUUGAUUUUGUUUUAAGUAAUGAAAAAUCUGACAUAACACAAAGAAAUCUCUUUGGUGAACUAGCUUUUUUCAGGACGAAAUUAUCUCGUUUUGUCUCCCGCUUAUGAAGCGCUGCUGCAAAAAUGGAUCCUUCCGAGGGAUUAUUGAAGGGCACGAAUGGCGGGGUCGAUCAGCCGCCAAAAGAGAGUGGCAACCAGGUGGUUGGUAGAAAAGCAGCCUGGAACCGCAAGGGUUUGGAAGAAAAGAAAGCAGCCGUUGAUGAAGAGAUUUCGAGGAUGAACAAACUUCCGCCAAACAGCACUUACGCCACUCAUCGCUUGCGUGUCUUGAAUAAAAUCCUUCACCUGUUAUCUAUGCAGAGAACCACAUCGCAGGAGGAGGAAUUGGAAUUGCUGUUUGCUGGUCUCUCUCUUUGAAGAAGCUUUCUAAAGUUUUUCAAUGUUGACGCACUGAACACGGAAAUUGCAAGAUGCCAAGGGGCAGCUGAACCUUGUAUGACAUAUGUGAAAAAAUGGAGUCACAGUUUGAGUUGCUGAAAUGAACAUUUGGUUCUGAAGGACGAUACCAGAUGCAUGUAGAUAUCUUGUUCUUUCUCAUUGCCAGGCUUGUGAAGUCACUGUAUUUACACUGGUUAUAUCUCUGUAACUAGAUACGGUGUCAUAUUUGAGUUGCUGAACUGAACGUUAUCGUUUUAGAAGAGUUUAUUGGAUGCAGCUACGUAUGUUGUUCGGUUCUCAUUUUGGAAAGCUUAUGGAUUCACCGGACAUAGACUGGCUAUUGCCAACGUAUGGAUUCUGGGAAUGGGAACUUAAAACUAGAAUGGAGUUCUGAGUUGAUUCUGAUGUUAA